ACGCCCACGGCGCUCCGCCGCUACCCUCCCUUCCACCGCGCUUGCGCCGAGCGCCUGUAAACCUGAGGCUUCCUAUUCACGGAGGGCUUUUGCGCCGCCGGCGUGGCGCGCGCUGCAGGGGCCGCCGCGGAGCCGUACGCCGCUGGAGUAGAGGCGUCGCGCUCCGCCCGCGGAGUGUGUGGGGGAGGGGGAGGGGGAGAAGAGGCUUAAAGAGACAACAGCCGCGGGAGGAAGCCCACAAUGGAGCGGCUGGCGGGGGCCCGGGGGGCUGGCCCCCGCCUCUGAGGGGCCCCGAGGAGGAGUCCCUUCAGUGGGAGAGGAGCAGCUUUGGGUCAGUGGCUGGCUGCAGUGAGAAGACCUGGGUGUCUCAUGGACAGAGCAGAUUCAUUCCAUUGCAAGAAUGUAGCCAGUUGGGAGCCGAAGGAUCUAAGCUGGCAGGACCCUCUCUGCAGAAUGUGCUCUUCACCAAAGAGCUGGCCAAAGCAGGCGAAGAUGAGAAUCCCGGCAGGACCUUCAAAAGCACUAACAUUGCAGUAGCCCGGCGCCUGUGGGUGGCAGUGACCCCCCUCAGCCCCCUCCCCUCCAUCUCAGACCGUGAUGGUGUAUUGACCGAGAAAAGUCCUGCUUUUUUUUUUUUAUUUUUCCUUCCCCUCCCUCCCCCCUCAAGUUUCGGUGGCUUUGGGAUUUGUAUGGCAGCAGCGUAACCGUGGAGAGGCCGGGGUAUCACAAACUUAUGGAUUUUGAUAAGAGAGGAGGGAAAGGGGAGACAGAGGAAGGCAAAAGAAUGUCCAAGGCAGGUGGAGGAAGGAGCAGCCAUGGGAGCCGGAGCGCAGGGACAAACUCUGGAGUCUUAAUGGUGGGCCCCAACUUCCGUGUCGGGAAGAAGAUUGGAUGUGGCAAUUUCGGGGAGCUCCGUCUAGGAAAGAAUCUCUACACGAAUGAAUACGUAGCUAUAAAAUUGGAACCGAUAAAAUCACGAGCCCCACAGCUGCAUCUGGAAUAUCGGUUUUACAAACAGCUCGGAAAUGCAGAAGGAAUUCCUCAGGUGUAUUACUUUGGGCCCUGUGGGAAGUACAACGCCAUGGUGUUGGAGCUGCUGGGACCCAGCCUGGAAGACCUGUUCGACCUGUGCGAUCGGACCUUCACGCUCAAAACGGUCCUGAUGAUAGCGAUCCAGUUGAUCACGCGAAUGGAGUACGUUCACACCAAAAGCCUGAUCUACAGAGAUGUCAAGCCGGAGAACUUCUUGGUGGGGCGGCCGGGCAGCAAGCGUCAGCACACCAUCCACAUCAUUGACUUUGGCCUGGCCAAGGAGUACAUCGACCCCGAGACCAAAAAACACAUCCCCUACCGAGAGCACAAGAGCCUGACUGGGACGGCGCGAUACAUGAGCAUCAACACGCACCUCGGGAAAGAGCAAAGCCGUAGGGAUGACCUGGAAGCGCUAGGGCACAUGUUCAUGUACUUCCUGCGGGGCAGCCUCCCUUGGCAAGGGCUCAAGGCUGACACGCUGAAGGAGCGAUAUCAGAAGAUCGGAGACACCAAAAGAGCCACUCCUGUUGAAGUCCUGUGUGAAAACUUCCCAGAGGAGAUGGCAACCUACCUGCGCUAUGUGCGGCGGCUGGAUUUCUUCGAGAAGCCGGAUUACGACUACCUGCGCAAGCUCUUCACAGACCUGUUCGACCGGAGCGGCUACGUCUUCGACUACGAGUACGACUGGGCUGGGAAGCCGCUACCAACUCCAAUCGGCACAAUCCACAGCGACGUCCAGGUGCAGCCCCCAAACAGAGACAAAGCACAGCCACACACCAAACACCAGGUGAUGAGUUCCACCAACGGAGAACUGAACACGGACGACCCGACCGCAGGACAUUCGAAUGCCCCGAUCACGGCGCCUGCUGAGGUGGAGGUAGCGGAUGAUACAAAGUGCUGCUGUUUCUUCAAGAGGAGGAAGAGAAAAACCAUCCAGCGCCACAAGUGAUCUGCCAGGGACAGCACGGAUCAGUUUGUGCAGUAUCGCCUCUAACUCUGGCUAUGGAUGGGUCUAGAUUCCUGAUCAGAUCUGCAAGGCCUUCCCUCCCUCUGAUUUUGAUGGGGGUGGGGGAAGAGCCGUCAUGACUUCACCGCCCGGCAUCACGUGUGGAUGGGGAGGGGGGGAGGGAAGUUCCCAAACUGCUUUACUUUUCUUCCACCACCACCACAUCCACCCAGGGGUCGUUUAUUCAAACCAAGUCAGACUUUGCCAACGUUCCCACACCCGCCUAUCGUGCAGUCCACAGAGAGCAUUAAGCUAUUUAAAAAAGGAAGCCAACCAACCAAACCCACGACGUGAAUUUCUUUUGAUUCUAUUAACUAGUUUGAAAACGGGGAUCAACUCUACAGACUCGAAAAACAUUGCUGGCGUAGAGGAAGCCGAAGACAAUUUCAAGAGCGGUGGGCUAUGGAGAAUUUUUUUUCCCUGUCGCUUCUUUGUCUCUGAAGUUAAUUUAAGUCUUGGUGCAGAGUGCUGAGUUGUCAGUCUUUGACCUUCCUCUUUUUAGUGUUACGAAAUUCUGCUUUUCUUUUAAAGGUUGUGUUUUCCCUGUAAGCUCCCCUUCCGCCAUUUGGUUAAAACUCUUUCCUUGUGGUGGCGAUUGAUCGCUAUGUUAGCCGAGUCUCUGGUACGGUGAUGCGUGGAGGAGGGACUCGUUUACACUUUCGUUUUACGAUGCACUUUUGCUAGCAAUACAAGCGAUGUUUGGUUUUGAAAUUAACAGUUUAGUAAUUAACAGGGGAAAGCAGGUGGGGGGGGGAGCCGAAUUUAGGGUCUCAGGAAUGGUUGGAAGCUUAUCAGAGCCCUGAAGCCAUGCCCUCAGCCAUUUGAAAUGGGCAACCUACCUUGGGGGCACAUGGCUAAGACCAAAGGGAAACUUGAUGUUGAAGAGCAAGGUAGAAAAAGGAUGUCUUAAUGGUCCCUGCAAUGAGCCUUGGGGUGGGGAUUGCUUCCUGGCACAGGACAGCAUAGGAUGUUUUUAUUAAGCACAGGGGAGAGCUGAGUCCUGCUUAUACUCCUGGCAUAAGAGUUCAGUGUCCUCAUUUUAUGUGAAGUUGCUUAACUGGACUUUUUUUUUUUUUUUUUUAAAAAAAGACUUUCCCGUUGUCCAGCCCCCACCCAGUGAAUCUCCCCACAGCUGAUACUCUGAUCAGCAGGGACCUCCUGGGAGGACCAAGAGCCUCCUAAAUGAACCAAAACCAAGCCAGUGCAGUAAGGAAGCAGUGUGCAUGUUCCCGGGGGGAAGAAGGGGAGGACGAGAGGCCAGCUGGGGAGGAAUGGUUAAAACUCCCUGGGGUUCCACGUCCCACUCGAAAGGGGCAGCGUGGAGUGAAUCAGAUUUGUAGCUUGCUGGGAAAUAGCAACCCCCACUAGGAUAAACCCAGCUAGGCCAUUCUGUUUGUCCACUGACUCUCCUUUCUGGAAGGGCUGGAGCGAACCUUAUGAAGGUUGAAACCCUCCCUGCCUGCUUGCCAGUCCAGUCAUGGGCCUGGAGCCCUAGGCUGGCCCACUCAGUUCAUCCAACAAUCAGAGGCCCAUGUGCUUACUCCUUAGCUGAUCACAUGUGGCAGUUCCUAGUUGUGGGGUUUUUUUUAAACUAACACACACACACACACGCACACAAACCCUUCUUUAAACAGCCAACCUUAAUUCAGUGUGAAAUGACUGAGAAUGUGCGUUCAGUUGUGCGUAUUUACCACGGCAACAAAAUUUGACUUUGGGGUUUUGUUUUUUUUUUUACAGGGUGGGCGGGUGGGGAAGUAGCAUGUGGGUUUUUUUAUUUUCUGUGUAAUUAUGACACUUGUAAUGUUUGAGCUGUAGGAGCUGGAAGCUGCUCUGAGGUUGUGCAGGAGGAGGAUCAAAGCCUUUGUCUGAAAUAAACACUGCCAUCCUUUGCCGGCGCAAAGGGGGAGCGUGUGGGAGGUCCUCAAACGCCACUUGUGCUAGGUACGUCCUGCUUCACUCUUCUGCAGAGGCCCACGGAAUGGGGUCCUGGGCUGAUUCGCCAGUGAGCUGUACCAGCUACUCACCCAUAGCCUCCAUCCUGUUGCUGCAGCCCAUGGUCGGCUGGGGGUAGGAAUAUACGGCUGCAGGGGAGGGGACUAGGGCCCACAGGCAGGGGGAGCCUGGCACAUUUCUCUCCCAUUCCUGUUGGAGUACAGCGGCUUUGUCCCUCUUCCAGCCACAUUCCUUUCAUUUAAAUCAGCCCUGAAUGGCUAAAAACAGGCUUAAGCUAGUUCAAGUGGCUUCCUCCUUCCCCCAGCAUCCACCCUAAGCUGGAAGGUUGGUGCCCCUUUAAAGAUCCUAGGGACUGUGAAUCAGAUGCAGCCUCAUAUUCUUGUCUGCAGUUUUACUUCAACAGCAGUGCCUCUGUCAUGCUCAAGAGAACCAAGGUGGUGGGGAGGGACAGCUGCACCGGCAAGCUACACAAGGAGUGCACAGCCAGCUGCUAGAGAGCGCUUGGUUCUUGACAACUCAAUGAAUUCCACCAAAUCAGGACCUUUGUAUGGUAUUUAGUUAUGUGCAAUGUUUGACCUUGUUUCCCAAACAAUGCAAAUGAAACCGCCUUAAAUCUUCACUGGAACUGUACUUCCAGUCCCCGAAGGUGUAAAAUAAAGUAUGUAUGUGAGUGGGUGCAUGUGUGUA